GAAAAGCUGACAGGCCACUACUAACGGGUCGCCACCCACAAGAUUUGACGUCCUCGCCAAUAUGCACACUGCCGGCUUAUCCUGGUAAUCGCCUGACCAGGCGAUAUGCACGAAGGUGCUUUCCACUGUGUUCUCGAAACUGUGGUUCAAAGUCUAACUGCCACACAUUUCAAUCAUAUAGUAUGAUCCGAUCAUGCUUACUAAGAAUAGUAUUGCCUUCAGGGUAUCUCGUAAUAUAAAUAACACAGUUUUCCCACAAUUGCUGAAUGCUUUCGUUUGGUUCAUUAACCAAUAAUUCAAUUGACUUGAACUUUGCUUGACUUUACGCAUUACAUUCACAAGAUGACUACUACUUUCGAAUCUGCCCAAAACUUGGAUAUCCACUUCCGUAAGGAUCAGGAUCAAGUCUUGGCUGACGGUACCUUGACGGUUGCUAGUGGUGAGAUUGAACACUCCAAGUACCCAGAGUGGCUUCCAACCUGGGACCCAAAGCAAAAGUUUCCCCAAUACACACCAUUCGAACACGUUGACAGAGGUCAUUUUGCAGACAAGGACUUGAAGAAUUUGUUCCCAGAGGGCGGUGACCAUACCCGCCAGGACUUGACUCCAAAGUUGGGGAGUGAGGUUCGCGGUAUCCAAUUGUCUCAGUUGACCGACAAGCAGAAAGAUGACCUUGCCUUGUACGUCGCCCAAAGGGGAGUUGUAGUUUUCAGAGAUCAAGACUUGAAGGACAAAGGUCUUGAAUUCAACAAGAAGUUCGGUGAAUACUUUGGCCCGUUACAUCAGCACCCAUCUUCCGGUGCUCCAUUGAACCACCCAGAAUUCCAUAUCACUUAUAGACGUGAAUCUUCCAACGAGUAUGCUACCAACUUUGCCUCCAGAACCACUUCUGUCAACUGGCACUCUGAUGUUACCUACGAAGAACAGCCACCGUGUAUCACUUUCUUCACCAUGUUGGAGGGUCCAUCUACCGGGGGUGAUACUGUGUUCUGUGACACCGAAGAGGCUUACAGCCGGUUGUCACCGGCUUUCCAGUCUAUGUUGGAGGGUUUGACCGCAAACCACUCCUCUUUCGAACAGGCCAGACAGGGGAAGGCUUCCGGUGGCAUUGAGAGAAGAGAGCCUUCUCAACAUGAUCACCCGAUCGUCAGAACCCACCCGGUCACCGGUAAAAAGUCCUUGUUCAUUUCUACCGCCUUCAUCACUAAGAUUAACGGCUUGAAGGUUGAGGAAUCGCAAGCCUUGGUGAGCUUCUUGUCUGCCCACGCUAUCAACAGCGUCGACAUGCAGGUUCGUGCCACAUGGCAGCCGGGCACCGUUGUCGUCUGGGACAACAGAAGACUUUUGCACACUGCCGUUUUGGAUUGGGACGCUUCUAGUGUCAGACACGCCUACAGAAUCACGCCAAGGGGUGAACGUCCAUUCUAAAUAUUGCUGGAACACUAGUUUAGAGGUGACUUGUAUAUUGAGAAUGCUUUUGUAUAAUAGGUUUUAGGUGCAUUCUUUCUUAUGAGUUAUAAAAAUAAAAAUAACGUUU